GAAUUUUUUGCAGCGGAAUGGAUUCACACGUGUUUGAUGCGGAAUGGGGCCAAGACCUUGAAGAAUAUUCUGGAAGAGUUAAAAUGUGAUGAAUCUUCGUUGCCUAAGUACCAGAAUGUGUUGCUUCACCUAUGUGGAUUGUUGCAUGAAAAUGGUAAAUGUACUCUUGACCAACAUGCAGAAGAACUGGUACAGCUACUGACAAAGUCAGAGACGACAGAGCAACAGUGGCUAGACAUAAUUGCUGAGUCAGAGUGUAAUGAGACUAUUGUAAAACUCAUAGCUCCAAGGAUUGGCACGAAACUUAUAGUACGAGAUGGUCACACUGGGGCAGCUGCCAGCAUUUUUAGCAUCUACCUGAAUCGACUCCUGUUAAAGUGAUCUUGAACUGUGAAAUAACGCACAUUCCACACUUGGACAAUUUUAUUGACGAGCUUUCCAAAAGACAUUGUUAUGUUGAACUUCAUUUCAGACAUCAGUGGAAGAAUAUGCAAUGUGGGAAUUCCACCGAUCGUCUUAAGCAACUGAGUAAAAGCAAGUGUGAUAUAGAGUGUUUCACGGGCUACCUGGACAACUUUUCCCAUCUCCCAGAAGCCACACAGAAACUGAGAAUUGCCAUUGCUAAUGACAAACAGGCCGAAGAUAUAUGUAGCGAGAUAGGAGAUGUAGUUCAAGAUUUUGACAUAAAAUACCUUGGAGUCCACGUGGUGAAAGAUGUCUCUCCUAUGGCUUUACAGCCCCUGCCCAUUAUUGAUGGGCCCAAGAAGGAAACUGGAGCAGUCUGGAUCUCAGGAGUCAGUAAUGCAAAGGUGGAUUGGGCUGUUCAGGUUGCAAAGGCACUACAACCUGCAACGGGGAAGUUCUACAGCCUGAGGUUCCCAAGGAGUGAACUGACAGUGGAUGGGUGCAAGGAAUUGAUUAACAAACUUCAUCAGCACAGCAUAGCGAUUCGAGCCAAUGGACGGUUGUACGUCACAAUGGCCAACAUUUGGGCUCCAGAUGUUGUUCAGCUUCGCCACUUGGCCAAGAGCAAACUAAAUUGUGAAUUUGACUGCAUUGAUGAUGCAGUAAUCUGGUCAGAUUAAGGGAGUUCAAAGGAUCCACUUAUCCGUCCAGUAUUUGAAUGAAGCAAGGCGUUCUAAUACAUAGAUAUAUUUUUUCAUUCCAUUAGGUGCUAUGUAAACAUGAUUAGGGUAAACAUCUAAGGUCAUAUUGUUAUUUAGAUAUGUAAUUCAACAGUUUUUAUCAUGAUCAGAAAAUGAGUAUAGCAAUAAUACAAAACAUCAUCUCAUUAUAAAACAAAUGUUUGACCUUUAUGAACUACACAAAUUUUAUAUUCUUACAAACUGAGAAGUCCACUGAUUGUUGAUAUUUUAAAUGUAUUUACAGACUAGUAUUCUUGAUCAGGCAUUUUGACUAUAGACAGAGGGUAUAAGAUUUUUAAGAAUAUUUAUAAGCUAUGAUUUUAAAUGUAUGAAAAACCUCUUGUGUGGUAAUUAUGAACUAUACAUUUUAUAUUUUUACAAUCUGAAAAACACCACUAAUUGCUGUUAGUUUAAAAGUAUAGUACUAGUACUCAUAAUGAGAUAUUUUAAAUAUAGACAGAGGGUAUCAGAGUUUUAAGAAUAAUCAUAAGCUAUGAUUUUAGAUCUAUUAAAUAGCUCUUGAUGGGCAAAAAAACUGUAAAGAGCAAGAAAUCCUUGCCAACUGGUAAGUGCGUACUGCAUACACGUAAAUACAGCCUGCAUAGCAAUUUAUACUAUAUGGUCCUUUAAACUUUACUAGAUGAGUUAUAGACUGGAGUUCAUUAUGAGGACAGCCUACUUCUUUGAUUUACUGGGCUGAACUAUUCUCUCAUUUCUAGUGUAAAUGCACAAGAGGGCAGAAGAAA